AUUGCGCACUGUGGCUACGGUAGAAGCAGGCAGCACUUCCCUCUGAUUUGAUAUCGUAAAGAAACACGAUUGAGGAAUUCAUUUGGAGAAACAAGUAAUUGUUGGAGAUGGCAAAUACUCUGCAACGGGGGUUCUCUUCUGCCCGUGUGCUUCGUCCUGCUUUUAUCUCAGCGCCCAGAUCGUUCUCCGCAGACGCUUUGGUGGAGGUCAAGCCCGGAGAGGUCGGAGUCGUUUCAGGAAUCCCCGAAGAGCAUCUUCGAAGGAGGGUUGUAAUUUAUUCACCUGCUCGAACUGCAUCCCAACAAGGUUCUGGAAAAGUUGGAAGGUGGAAAAUUAAUUUUCUGUCAACCCAGAAGUGGGAAAAUCCAUUAAUGGGCUGGACAUCCACAGGGGACCCAUAUGCCAAUGUUGGUGAUGCAGGACUUAGUUUCGAUAGUGAAGAAGCAGCAAGGGCAUUUGCUGAAAGACAUGGUUGGGAGUAUGCGGUUAAAAAGCGUCAUACACCUCUGCUAAAGCCCAAGGCAUAUGCGGACAACUUCAAGUGGAAGGGCCCACCCAAGAGUGAGUAAAACUGAAUUCAUCUUCCCAUCCCGUUCUCAAGUUGCGAAAGGUGAUUUAACGAGGCUCGGCAUAUCUUUGUUAUCUGUUUUUCUAUUGAUCCGAUCUUUCCUCUUAUCACAAGUGAAGAUUUACCCUUCUAAUAAGAAAACCAAACUGAUGAAAUGUACUAUCGCUUCAUUUCCAUUAUUUCUAUAGUAAGGUGCAUUUAUAUUACACUC